UCUCCCUCAACCAACUUCUGGAGAGUUCGGGAGAGAGAAAAACGCUUUCUACUUUUACUAGGAAAUUUCCCCUCCUAUAUUAUAUACUGCAUACUAUCCAUUCCCACUCAAUUUCAGGAAAGAGAAUUUCCUGUUUCUGUUGUUGUUAGGGUUUUGCAGAAGAAAUUUCUCUUCGAUUCGACCAUUAUUAGGGUUUUGAAGAAGGAAUUGCUUUCGUUUUAGCUUGCUCCUAGUGUAAGAAGGAGGAGAAGAUGAAGAUGGAUGGAUAUUAUCCUUUGAAGAUGAAGAGGAAGGAUCUCGAGCAAGUCUCCGAUGAAUUCUCCGAUUUUUCCCUCUCUGCUCCCGCCAGAAAAAUUCGCCGUCUGGAUGCUGAGUUGCCGCCCAUAUUGGAAGAGAUUGAGGAUGACCGUGAUAUUCCGGUAGCAUUUGAGCCAUCGCCGAGUGGACAGAGCUUCGGAGGCUAUGGAAGGAGGGGUGUAGUGAUUGAGGAAUUGCCGGAUGUGCCUGAUAACAAGGAGACUGCCAUUGUGCUUUUCAAGCCCAUGGAUACACCUUUCGUUCUCUCCCCCCAGAAUUUCUCCGUUAAGAUCGAUCCUCAGUUCAUUUCUGAGUUGAAAAAUCAAGUCCCAUGGCGAAGCCAAUCCAAUCCACUAGGGCAAGAUGAAGAUGGAACAAAAGAAAUGGGCAACACCUCUGCUGCAAGAAACCAGUGCCUUGCAGUUGUUCCCUGGGUGCCAUCUCAGUUCCCCACAUCCCAAACCGACAUUACAGACAUGAUGGAUGCUGAAGAAUUGGAGGAAGCAACAAUGGAGGUUGAAGACAAUGGCAUUGCAGCUGCAGAUGAUCAAAGGAUCAUGGAUAUGGGUGGAAAUGAGGGGCUGCAGCAGUGGCAACAACAGCAUUGCAUGGUCCCUCAGCCUCCCCAGAACGUAUCUACUCCCAUAACCUGGUACCGAUAAUAGUAAGUAUAUAAACAUGUUGUGGUGAUGGGGUGUGUUGCAAGUAUGAGAGGAAGUAGUGGUCUGCCUUAGUCACCAGAUGGUGAAGUAUUUGAUCUCUGUGUAUUGUACAAAUGUACAAUGUCAAGGCGUUUGGCUGUUUAGCACAUAUGAUUCUCUCUUCCUCCGCCAUUUUGUAGAUAAAUAUACAUUCCCUGAAUGGUAAUGGACUAAUGGGUCAAGUUGAUUAAAACUUGAUUCCUCAAAAUAUUAUUAUUGUC